AUGGUCUCGUCAUCAGAUGCGGCCAUUUCAAAGUUGCAGACACAGCUGGAGCCUUACAUCAAGCCGCGGGAACAGGUCAACUAUAUAAGACGCGUUCUGGCUCUCGAAUUAGGCUCCUACACCGGCGAUGGACCUGCACAGUAUCCACCGCCGCUCAGCAUCGAGUCUCUUCAAAAGAUCACGGGACCGGAGUUGAAGGGGGCUUAUAGGCAUUAUAUCGAAGCCCUCCGCGACCACAUGUCAAGUCGCCAGUCUUAUGAUGAAGCUGUCCAUGUAAUGAACAAUGAUUCCCUGGUCUCCACACCAAGAAGCAGAAGCGUGCCAUCGACCCUACUAGAAGACCACUUAUCGCUCCUGAAACUACGCAAAAAACGCGACAGUCUUCUUGCUGUGCGAUCACAUCUUCAGCGCCUGUCCCAAACGCUGGAUGCAGACCAACGCUCACUCAAUGUAGAACAGAUCCUCAAGCAUGGAGGGGCCCAGCCAAGUGUGCCGACAGCUGUUAUCAACAGCUUCAUUAUACAACAAAGCUCAACGGAGCCCAGUCUACAGACGCGCUUAUGUCAGCUGGAAAAGAACGGCCUCAAGGCAAAGCUGCAGCUCAGACAAGAACAAAGGGCACUGUCUGAAGCAAGAGCAAAAUGCACGACCAAAUCGGAGCUGGUAAGCAAUGGUGCCAAACUACAGGCUCUGAACAGUACUCGAGACGAGCUCAUCAAUUGGAUCGAGAUGGAGCUGUGCAAAGCGUCAGCGGAAGAGGAGCCAGAUUCUGGAAAACACCAUGAGGACCAAUCCUGCCUGCCAGCCACACCUGAACAAGCCGAGAUUGAGAGUCAACUCCAGCAGAUACAAGGCAAAUACAAAUCGUAUACAGCUGCGAGAAAUGAUCUGCUCGCCUUAAUGUCUCCGAGCGUACAGCUCUCGAUCCCCCAUCUCGAACCAGAGGAGGGGCCUACAAAGCUUGGCCAAAGGAACAAGCCACCCUGCAGAGACUACCUCCUCGCACCGUAUAUCCAAGCAUUACUGUUACAGUACCAGCAGCAAAAGGCUUUAAUCGCAAACAAAGCACACUUUUCCUCGGUAUUGGCCAAGAAGAAUAAAGCGUCCUGCCGCGUCCUCGAUCGCCUAGCCCAAGAAAGCCAGUUGUUAUCAGCUCAUCCGGUGAAAAGCUCAGCUCGCCGACGAUCAGUGAUCCCGGAAGCAACUUUAACCGGACCCAGCGAUCGACCUGAUCUGACUGUUCGCACUUAUCCUUGGAUUUUUGCCGUUGAUGUCGCCAAAAUAGGCGGUCUGGAAACCGUGGCCGAGAGGAUAGAGGCUGGUCAAGUAAACUUGGAGCAAUCAAUGACAGCCGUUCAGGAGAUGGCAGUGCUACUAGGCGUUGAGGAUGAGAUGACGGAAGAAAAGACGGAUGCUACGGAGCUCACAACCACGAUCGAGGAGAGGUUGGAAAACAGGAGGGAAAAACUAGGCAGAACAUCCUCGCCCACGAAGAAGACUGCUCUUUCACAGACAAGAGGUGACCCGUGGGCUACACUGCAUGGCAAUUUGGGGCUUAUCGGUCAUGAUGAUGUACCAUAA